UCUUGUAUUUUGUUGUGAUGACGAAAAGAACGUAGCCGUUUGAUGACGUGUUUCCGCUUUUGGCGCGAUUUGAAGCGGGGGAAGCAGCGCGAGACACACGAACGUGAGAUGUCUGUGAGCCGAGCUGCUGCUGCUGAUGAUGAUGAUGCUCCUCCUCUUCAUCACUCCUCUCUUCCGGCUCUCACUCGCUCAUGGCCGUCUUCUCCUCUUUCGGCGCUCUCGUCGUCUCGUCAGGUCACCGCCCGCCUCUACAGCUCAUUACAGCACAGCCGAGAGCAGGAGGUCAAAGGUCACGCUGCCAGGCAGGUGUCGUUCGCUCUGUCUUCUCCUGACCUCACUGCUGUCAGGGUGACCGCAGCCACGCCCCCUCUCCUCUCUCAUAGGCUGGAGGACUGCAGUCUGGACUCCGCCUCCACCCGGGAUGUGAUUGGCUCAGGAGAGGAGGGGGUGGAGUCAGAGGUGGAUGAACUGUCUGGAGAGAUGGACCUUCAUCUGCAGAACAGCCUGAGCAAAUCAACACAGCUGUCGAGCGGCAGGAGGCACAUAGAGGAGAUGGAGAGUGUGAGGACACACUUACAGUCCAUACUGAGACCAACACAGACCGCUGCGGACAGACACGAUUUUCUGACCCCUGCAUCGCAGCACUUCCUGGAUGAUUCACACGAGAGUGACGCCACGUCACACCUGCUCAGUGCUGUCUGUCUGGGCGGUGUGGAGGAGCUGUUCCCGCGGUAUUCCCGUCUUCACGUGGACUCGAGCGGCGCGGCUUCAGAGCUGCAGGUGUUGAGGGAGAGUCUGCAGAGAGAGCGAGAGCGCCGCAAGGUGUGUGAGCAGCAGGUGGCGUCUCUCCACAGUAAAGUUCUUCAGUUUCAGCAGCAGUUAACGCUCGCUGUGGCCGCCGACCGCAAGAAAGACAUCAUGAUUGAACAACUCGACAAGACGCUGGUGAAGGUGGUCGAGGGCUGGAAGAGACACGAUCAGGAGCAAAACGAGGAGAUGAAACGCCUGCAGGAGGAGAAGGAGAUGGCAGAGAGAACACACAACAAACACAGACAGGCUCUGUCUCGUGUCGAGCAGAAUCUCUCUCAGGCAGAAGAAACUCUAAACGAGGAGCAGAAACACAACCAGGAGCUGCAGAAGACCAACAAACAACUGGAGCAGCAGGUGUCUGAUCUGCGGGUGCGUGUGGAGGAUCUCCAGCAGGAGGAGCAGAAGCUGCGCAGAGAUGGAGACAGAGGCAGAGAGCAGCUCCACAAACUCCAGACGGAGUCACACAACACCCGCACACAACUACAGCAACACAUACAGGAACUACAGCAACAACUGCAGGAACUACAGCAGCAGCUGCACACACACACGGAUCAGGUGAAACAGGAAGUGGCUGCACGUGAGGAGGCUGAGAGCAGGACGCAGCAGCUACAGGAAGAGCUGGAGACGUGUAGGAGAGAGAGAGACGCACAGAGAGUGGAGCGAGCCAUGGAGCAGACGCGGUUCGAGGCGCAGAAGUCUCAGAUGGAGGCGGAGUUUCGUCUGUCGUUGGAGCAGCAGCUCACUGAGAGACUGACGGCUGUACAGGAAGAGAACGCGGCACACAACACACAACUACGACAACAACACAGGAAGCAGUUGUUGGAUCUGAGUGCGCGGCACGAGCGAGAGCAGGCGGCUCAGCUGGAUCUCUUCAGAACACAGUUACAGGAGAGAGACGACAAACUGCAGCAUCUCACACACUCUUACCAACACAAACUGACAGAGAUGCAGGAGGAGCUGCUUUCCAUGGCAGCAUCUAAAAGGAAGCUGGAGACGCAGAGGGAGGAGCUUGUGUCCCGCCUGCAGGGAAUGAUGCGCUCCCAUUGGGCAGAGGCGUUAAGGCUGUUGACCAAUCAGGAGCAGAUGGAGAGUGUUUUGUCGCCCGUCCAUCGGUGGGAAACGGCCAAAUCGUCCUCUUCUCCUCCUAAGAGUGACACACGCAUGUCAGCAGCUCCGCAGGCCGUGGUUCUGCAUCUGUCCCGAGAGAAGGAGCGAGGGAUGAGAGCCGAGGAGCCGGAGACGAGAUCUCACAGAGAGACGAGCUCAAACACUGAGUUCAGCACUUCAUUCUGUCCUCUGGAGCCGCAGCUGGAUCACACGGAUCUGACUGCGCUCAGUGACUGCAGUGGAUUGUGGGUCAGGCCUGUGUUCGCAGGGGAUGAAACAAUGAAAGACAGGAAGGAGGAGACGAGAGAAACGCAAACCAACCUGAACCUGAAGCAGAUUCUGAAUCACAGUCAAUGUGAACCGAAGCAGAAGCUGAGCCACACCCCCACAGACACAUGGACCAAUCACAGCUCCGCUGCAGAGAGUGGGCUGGACAAGGGUGGAGCUUCUGGACGGUUGUACUGUACUGAUGCAGAGAAGGCUCCGCCCACCAGAGAUGAAGCUCCGCCCGGUAGGACUAGAGUUUCCUCUCUUAAUGAAGACAGACAGAGUGAGCUGCAGUAUUACGUGUCAAAGCUGCUGGAACGUUCCCCCGGUGACCCCGUGGACGAGCCAAUCAGAGAGCAGCGGUGCGCCGAAUCAGCUGACAAGCUGCGUCACAUGAGCGAGCUGAGAUCAAACCUGGAGCAGAAACCGGAUCAGCACGACAAACAAGAGGCGCGCGUCUCGUCUCGUGUCGUUCAGAGCAGAAGAUCCGCCGGCCGCAGAGGAGGAUCUCACAGAGUCUGGAGAUGAUCCAUUACUCUUUUAUUUAUGUGCGUUAUGAUAUCUGAAAUAAAAACUCAAACGUC